CAGCUCCUCCCCAAGCACAACGUCGUCACAAGUGUUUGUGUUUACGCCGCCAAAUUGUUGAUAAAAUACCUCGAUUCCUCGACAAAUGGAGGAGCAAUGUCGAGAGGUAUUCUCGUAGAAGAUAGCACAUUUUUCGAAUUAUCCCCAGCACUCGAACGAGUGGCAUUAUCGUUGAACAAUGAUGUGACCCAUCACGAUCAGCUGAUUGCACUGUCAACAGUGAUAAUGGGGGAAGUUGGCUACUACAUCGACGAUGACAAUGACCAGCCCUUUGACCCUGUGCGGUGGAGGGCCUCGGGGUUCUACGAGAUCCCCAUGAGGAGCAGACUCUCUGAGGAUCUGGACGUGAAGCUGGUGGCCAUUCCUUUUGGUGAUGUUCUGAUUCUGCAUGUCUCCUCCGUUAAUAUCCCGGUGAAAACGAGGUUGAUGACUGUGGAAACACUGGCAUUUGUUAAUCCGUACUCCAGCGACCUCGCUGGCAAGUUCCUGGACCUCAAGAGGCUCUCACACAGGUUUAAAGACACACUGACAACACCAAUAAGAAAUGAGAUCCUGAACGCAGCUGAAGUUACGAACCCAAGUCUCCUGGGUCUCCCCGUGGAGAUUCAAGAGAAAAUUCUGUCCCUCCUCGACCCAAAAUCCGCCAGAAACCUCAAAUCCUGUUGUAGAAAGUUUCGAGAACUUUUCUGAAGUCUAAGGUACUCCAAUCCCACAUUUCCCACUCCUCUACCCUGAUAAAACAGAAUUUAUUUAUAAUUUGGAAUUUUCAACGAAUAAUUCCAACUCGAUGUUUAAGUUAAGAAGUAUCACGAUGGAAACUCUGUAAAAUAUUUUAUUAAUAUUGUCAUUGUAUUCGAGAGUUAAUAAAUUUUUCUCAUGAAAAAUUAAA